AUGGCUGAUAACAUCGGCCUGGAGAAGCUGGACAUCAGUGUAUUAAGUCCAGAACAGCAAGAAAAACUCCGACAAUUUAAGAUCAAGACGAGAAUUGCAAAUGAAAAAUAUCUGAGCGCUCAUCCAGAGGUGGAAGCGCUCUUGCGUGAUUUUCUUAGAGAUGUAUUGCUGAAGAGGCCGACUGAUAUUCGAGAGUUUGCCGCAGAUCAUUUCACCGACCCGAACCUGCCAAACAGAAUCCUUUCCCGCUUGAGAGCCCCGACCAAACAAAACCCAAAUAUUCAAUAA